CUGCAUGAGAAAAUUGCAAGGCUUGAACAAUGGCGUAGCAAACAGAAAAAAAGACACUGCGGCAAAACCUAACACUGCACUUAAAAGAAAUGACGGGUUAUCUGCCAUUAAAAGCAAAAAAAGGCAAAUGGUCCCGAAUGUACACAUUUUGGAAAAUAAAAUUUUUACUCCCCACUCCGAGGACAAUCUAGCAGUAAAUAAAAACAUAAUCCAUUCUAGCAUCAGAUCUACCGGUAAAAGACUCACGAUAGGAAUAGAUGAGGCGGGGCGCGGACCUGUUUUGGGUUACUUGGUGUAUGCAGCUUUGAUAAUAGAAGAGGAGAACGAUAUUACAAACCCAACAGUCAGUUCGGCACUGAAAGACGUGCACAGUGAUAUAAAAAUGUGUGAUAGCAAGCUUCUUUUACCGAAACAAAGAGAAACAAUUUACGAUCAGAUAAGAAAUACGCAUUCAUACGUAUGGUAUGCGCUGCAUCCAGAGUAUAUUAGCACGGAGAUGGACAGAAGAAAUCUAAAUGACAUAAGUAUCAGCGCAGUUGUUUAUAUAUUACGUAUCAUUUUUGAGGCUCUGUCGACAGAGAAUGGAAACAAACGCCGUUUUUGGGAUUGCCAAGAAAGAACCAAUACUGGAAUUGGUAGAAGCGAUGAAAUUGGAAAAAAUGUCAGCUUGCGUAGAGAUGGAGUAGAAAACGUUUUUAUUGAUGCGCUCGGGAACACGGACAAGUAUCUGCAAAUUUUGCAGCGGCAUUUCCCGUCAGUUCCGUUCACGAUAAAGCCAAAGGCGGAUAGCAUUUACAGAUGCGUGGGUGGUGCGAGCAUAAUUGCGAAAGUGGUACGUGAUGACCUGCUAAAACAGUUUAGCGCGGAAUGCGGAUCGGGCUACCCCUCGGAUUGGCGCACUGUCAAGUGGCUGGACACGAACCGUGAGUGUGAGAUGGUGCGCUUCAAAUGGGCGUGCGUGAAGAGGAACGAUGAAAAGAGAAGGAGCGCCAAAGUGUACGGAAAGUACGAUAGCCUGCAUUUCUGUGAUUAUUAAACGCACAUUGGUCAACGGUUGCUUUCCGGGAGUGUGAAUGUGCACAGCUUUCCCAUCAAUUCAAGAGACCCGGUUAGAUUAUAAUAUAAUUUUAUUUGAUUCUAUUUGUGUGCAUGUCCGUGACUGCUUCUCAAUUUUACAGAUUUAUUGGUCAGUACGGAGAAAUGGUGUCUGUUGGGAAUACCGGAGAGCGUAGUUCCACGUGAUUUAUGUAUCCUAAAAAGUAUCUCCUACCAUAUGCAAUAAAUCACCGU